GCCGCCGCGGCCACCUUCCCUGCCCGAGCUGCAGAUGUGGCGGAGCGGCCGGGCGCCGGGCGGCCGUGCCAGGGGAGCCCGCGCCCCGUGAGCCUCGCGCUCCGGCCCCCGCCCGCCCCGGCCCCUCCCCCGCUCGCUCCCCCGCCGCCCCCCGACCGCCGGAGCCCGCAGCCGGGAGCCCGACCGCCCCCGCCGCCGAGGUUCUGGCCCAAAUUCCAGCUUGGGAGCCCCCCACUGCCUGCUGCCACUUGCAACCCCAGUCCCCCAUCACCAUGCACUCCUUGGACGAGCCGCUCGACCUGAAGCUGAGCAUCACCAAGCUCCGGGCGGCGAGAGAGAAGCGGGAGAGGACGCUGAGUGCGGUCCGGCACCGAGCUCUGCACAGGGAGCUCGGCCUGGUGGAUGACAGCCCCACCCCGGGCUCCCCAGGGUCCCCACCCUCAGGCUUCCUGCUGAACCCCAAGUUCCCUGAGAAGGUGGAGGGGCGCUUUUCGGCAGCUCCUCUGGUAGACCUCAGCUUGUCACCGCCAUCCGGGCUGGACUCCCCCAAUGGCAGCAGCUCGCUGUCCCCUGAGCGCCAGGGCAAUGGGGACCUGCCUGCAGUGCCCACCGCCCCGGACUUUCAGCCACUGCGCUAUCUGGAUGGCGUCCCCAGCUCCUUCCAGUUCUUCCUGCCUCUGGGCUCCGGGGGGGCCCUGCACCUGCCUGCUUCCUCCUUCCUCACCCCCGCCAAGGACAAGUGCCUCUCGCCAGAGCUACCCCUGCCCAAGCAGCUGGUGUGUCGCUGGGCCAAGUGUAACCAGCUCUUUGAGCUCCUGCAAGACCUGGUGGACCACGUCAACGACUACCACGUCAAGCCCGAGAAGGAUGCGGGGUACUGCUGCCACUGGGAAGGGUGUGCCCGCCACGGCCGAGGCUUCAACGCCAGGUACAAGAUGCUCAUCCACAUCCGCACACACACCAAUGAGAAGCCACACCGCUGCCCCACCUGCAGCAAGAGCUUCUCCCGCCUGGAGAACCUGAAGAUCCACAACCGGUCACACACAGGUGAGAAGCCCUACGUCUGCCCCUAUGAGGGCUGCAACAAGCGCUACUCCAACUCGAGCGACCGCUUCAAGCACACGCGCACCCACUAUGUGGACAAGCCCUACUACUGCAAGAUGCCCGGCUGCCACAAGCGCUACACGGACCCCAGCUCACUGCGCAAGCACAUCAAGGCCCACGGCCACUUCGUGUCCCACGAGCAGCAAGAGCUCCUGCAGCUUCGCCCGCCGCCCAAACCCCCACUGCCCACCCCUGAUGGCAGCCCCUAUGUCAGCGGGGCCCAGAUCAUCAUCCCCAACCCCGCCGCCCUCUUCGGAGGCCCUGGCCUGCCUGGCCUGCCCCUACCCCUGGCCCCUGGCCCUCUUGACCUCAGUGCCCUGGCCUGUGCCAAUGGUGGGGGCGGUGGGGGUGCAGGGGGCAUGGGCCCUGGGCUGCCGGGCCCUGUCCUGCCCCUCAAUCUGGCCAAGAACCCGCUGCUGCCCUCACCCUUUGGGGCUGGCGGACUGGGCCUGCCCGUGGUCUCCCUCCUCGCUGGCUCCGCUGGCGGCAAGGCCGAGGGGGAGAAGGGGCGUGGGGCAGGGUCAGCCAGGGCCCUGGGGGUGGAGGGCCACAAGACACCCCUCGAGAGGACUGAGAGCAGCCGCUCCCGGCCAAGCCCUGAUGGACUCCCCCUGCUGCCGGGCACCGUGCUGGACCUGUCCACGGGCGUCAACUCGGCGGCCAGUAGCCCAGAGGCACUCACUCCUGGCUGGGUGGUCAUCCCGCCGGGCUCUGUGUUGCUCAAACCAGCCGUGGUGAACUGAAGCAGGUGGACAGCUACCCGCAGCCCAGCCAGGAGCUCUCGGCCCUGCCCCCGACGAACGGAAACUCUUCUGUGAAAUAGCAAUAAUGUCCUUCUGCCCCUGUGGCCUGGUUGGCUGUGUUCCCCCAGCAGACCAGCCUCAGACAAGCUGGGCAGCCAGGAUGGUGCUAGAAGGUCACUGCUGGUGUCCCAGGCUCCCAAGGGAAGAACAGCUGUGCCCCUGGGUGCUGAGGCCUCGCUCACCUCUGGCCCGCCCCCUGCCCUGUCCUCCACCCAGCCCUCACUCCCCCUGGUCCCCACUCUGGUGCUCCCUCAUCCAGUGGCCACCCUGGGCAGGUUGCCCUCCCCCGCUGCCUUGCCCACCUGCCAGCCAUGUCCCAGCAAUGCGGGCGGCUGGGGUGGCCUCUGUCCUCCUCCUGGCAUGGGGCUCCCUCCCCACCCCCUCCACAUGGUGAGCUGUGAUGAGAAGCCCCCGGGAUCGAGGCCCCACCGCCUCCUGCCUAGCCUCAUGGGCCCCUGCUCUGGGGGCUGUUUGGACCCUUUUCCCUCUGGCCCACCCUCCAGAGGGAGAGCAAGACAGACGCAGGCCCCGGCAAAGCCACAGGAAAAAGCCACCUUAUCCCUAUGACAAGGCGCCUCCCCACGUGGAGAGGGAGGCCCGCUCUCCCAGCUGCCCCUCACCUUGUUAACAGCCAGCACUGCCAGAGGGGCGGCCCCUCCUCUGGGUGGAUGGUGCUCUCCAAAGUGAGGGGAUAGCCGACCACUCCUCACCCCUUCACCACUGGACCUCCUCCCUUGACUUGGUUGGGGGAGCCCUUGGCAGGGAGGGAACAGGUGAGGCUGGGCCUGGCUGGUGGCAGUGCCACCCUACACAAGGGGCCGCAGUGUCAGGAGGUGGGAGGCUGGCUGAGGACGACCCCAGGCUGGGACGCAGCUCCCAUUCUGGGGGCGCCAAGUCACAGCCAACACACAGGUGAGGGAGGGCUCCAAGCCAGUGCUGGGCAAGGGAGCUUUCUGGAGGCCAUGGACUGAAGGCCCUGGGCUUGAGGGCAGUGAAGCAGCCAAGGAUGGCAAUGGGAGGGCCUGGCCCCUCUGCCUGGGAAGGGGAAGCCAGAGGAAGUUGUGACAUGGCUGUUUACUUUGGCUUUUCCCAGCUGAGCCUGUCUGAGGUGUCACCCCCUUUACUCCCCUCCCAGUGCCCGGCUCUCCUCAUGGCAGGGGACAGAAUAAACUGAGGCUGCUGGCGCUCCAUGUGCCCCACAGCCAUUACCCAAUACCACCAGGCCCUGGGGACACAGCACGUGCCUCCCCCACCCUGAGUCCUUGCUGCUCCCUCCCUGGAGGUGGCCUGGUGCUGUCUGCGAGGCGCUGGCCUGGCGGUCAGGAGCUCUGGCUUCUAGGCCUGCCCUGUCCUUGGCCACAGUGACCCAGCACUCCAUUUCCUCGGCUGUAGAACAAGAGAGCUGCGGGACAGCAGGGGGUGAGCAGCCCUGCGGUUCCAGGGCCCCCUGCUGUUCCUCUGAGCAGCUCUGCUGACCCUGCCCUUUCCUGGACUGCCCUUCUGUCCCAGAGGGGUCACCCUGACCCAGCCCGCCCUGACAGGGCCCUGCAGUGCUGGCUCUGCCCCUCGAAGGGGCUGUGAGUAAAGCAGGAAGGAGCUGGCCUCCUUUCUUCGGGCCCCACCCAGGACCCAGGCACCAGCCCCCCCCCGGCCCUACAAAGGGACCCAGGCCUUAAGUCCCUGGUCGGUCAGGGGGGUGAGGGGUUUGAGACUCAAGCCCAGGGAGCAGAGGAACAGGGCACUGGAAGGUGACAUUAGCUCAGCAUGUGACUCGGUGAUAGACCAGGCUCGAAAGGGCCAGUGUACGUGUUGUUGUCGUCGGUUUGUUGUUGCACAUUCCAGGAUAUCAGUAUUUUAACAGGUUCUAAGUGCCUUUCUAUCGUAGCUUAUGUUUUUCCUCCUGUCGGCUCCAUUGCUGUUAGCAUAGAGUUUUAAAAAAAAAAGAGAUAAGCUAAUGACUAUAACAAUAUAUUCCUCCGUGUGAGAGGAAGUUUAUAAAGAAACAAUAAAAGUGAGUUGCAAA